CCCACCUAUUCGCUACAAUUUCCUUAAACGAAAUCGAAGAGUCAAAGGUGCGUGUACGCAUGCAUAAUAUAUAUUUGUAAACAAGUGCGCUAUCAGUAUGAAUCCGGACGCCAUGAGGAGCGCACGUGUCGUUCAAAUAAUUUUAUUCCUAACGCUAUGUUUGGGACUCCAAGCAAAAGUGUACAAAAGAUGCGAAUUAACUCGUGAACUUUUAAAGAACAAUUUCUCAAGGACUUUUCUUAGUAAUUGGGUAUGUUUAAUAGAACAGGAGAGUGAAAGAAACACAUCGGCUAUUGUCGUGAAAAGUUCUAGAAGAAAGUUCUAUGGGUUGUUCCAAAUAGGAAGCGAAUGGUGCAAAGAAGGCAAAAAAGGUGGGAAGUGUGACAUUGCUUGCGAAGCUCUACUAGACGAAGACAUAAAAGAUGAUGGCGUCUGCGCAGUAAAGGUGUUCGAACAAGAAGGUUUUAAAUACUGGGCGAAAUGGGAGGCCAGGUGCAAGGGACAGUUGUUGCCUGAUAUUGAAAAAUGUCCAGACUGGGUGCAUCCCCCCAGUAGGGUGUCUCCACCUCGAGACAAGAGAACGGCAAGAGGGAAAAGAAGUAUCAGAAGAUUCAGCAGAAGAUCAAUAUUUCUGAACCAACCUUAUUAGACUGUGGUUCUAAAAGUCGUUUGCUAAGGUGAAUUGUAACUGUGUACUUAGUUUGAACGUUGUAUAAAUUUGAA